AUGGCCGGCGGCGCGGACGCGGACGGGGAGCGCAGGAUCGGGGUGGCCAUGGACUACUCGGCGAGCAGCAAGCGGGCGCUGGAGUGGGCCGUCCGGAACCUGCUCCGCCGGGGCGACACCGUCGUCGUCCUCCACGUCCAGCGCCACGGCGGGGAGGAGGCCAAGCACGCCGUUUGGGCCAAGUCCGGAUCCCGUAUCUGUUCGCUUCGAUCUCAAGCUAACGCGUGCUCGAUCGGCUCCCCCGCAGCACUCAUCCCUCUGUCCGAGUACCGGGAGCCGGAGGUGAUGAAGAACUACGGCGUGACCUGCGACGCCGAGGUGCUCGACAUGCUCGACACCGCCGCGCGCCAGCUCGAGCUGAAGGUGGUGGCGAAGGUGUACUGGGGCGACGCCAGGGAGAAGCUCUGCGACGCGGUGGAGGAGCAGAAGAUCGACACCAUCGUCAUGGGCAGCCGCGGCCUCGGUACCAUCCAGAGGUACGACACUACUCCUGUCAAAAUGUUGCUCCGGACAUGUGCGAUUCUUGGUCAUGGUUUCCCAGAGCACGAAAUCGCCGGUUGCUGCUUGCAUAAAGUAGUACGGUAUUCUUGUUCAGAUAGGCAAUCCUCACGUCACUGGGGUUAA